GGGUUUGCUUUGAGGUCUGACAUUAGCGGAGAGCCCACUUCCGGAUUCCAUCUGUUUGUUUGCACACGACCUUGCCCAGUUUCGGUAUAUCAUCAGGAAUGCAGCGUAUUAAUUAUCAUGCAGGGCGGAUACUUCAGUUUGGCAACACUGGACUACAGGAGGAACAUUUCGUUUAAAGCGCUCCCUUUAGCUGUCCAGCGCAGAAUAUAUGUCGCACGCUUAUUUUGAAGAAGUUAACUUUUGUGCCUGAGACCAGUUUAAAGGUUUCUGUUGGGUUAUCCGGAGCGUGCAGUAGUUGUGGCGAAGUGUGUUUUGCUCAACAAAUGUCUGCAGGAUUCAUAAGUGGAGCAAGAUUUCACCUACACAUCUGCACCGGAGCCUGUUGAACGUUUUCAGGAACAUCUAGAUGCAGGGGACAAAUGAGAGAUUGCAUCUUCGUCAACUUGUGGCUAAAGCAAUAAGAGAAGGAAGAAUUUGUUUUCACAACUCAUUUUGAAUAUCGAAGAGCUUGAAGUAGAAUAACACAACGUCACAAAGAUUAGAAACUAUUCUGUUACCAGACGUUUACAGAGCAUCAAACUUUAAUAUUAGUGGAGAAAUGUAAAAUAAUCAAAAUCUCUAAUUCAUAGAACCUGUAACUGAAACAAAUUUUGAAAUUAUCCAUUUACUGAGGAAUCUGAUUGAGCUGAAAAGAUGAUUGAUCUAAGUCAUCUAUCUGAAGAAGAGCAGGCGAAUAUCUUGAAGGUGCUGCAGAGAGAUACGGAGUUGAGAAAAGUAGAAGAAAGCAGAGUUAGGCAAUUGCAAAUUAAAAAUGAAAUUCAACGUAAGAAUAUGACUGGUGAGUGGUUCUAUAAAGCCAAGGCAAAGAGGCACAGAGAUACACUACAUGGAGCUGAGCUAAUCCAAGCAUCAAUGCGGAAGAAGAAACCCAUGACUAUAUAUGAUCGUCUCCAGUCUAUGGAGUUGAAGGAGAAAUCCAACAGCUUAUUGAAAAAUGCGGGGAACGGUAUUUUUAUACCACCGGAGCUUACUUUCUUCCUACAAGCACCAAAGGUGGAAGAACCUCGAGCUAGUACAACGCUACGAAAAGAAAACAGAGCUCAUCCACAACAGCAGCAGAUGCCAAGGAAGACCAAUUCAUCGUCAGCAAAGCAAAGAGAAAACCCAUUCAACAAAUCAUCGUUGUCUGCUGAUUAUCCAAAUGAAGAGAGACUACCAUUGCCUGAUGGAAACCAGUCACCGACUAUUCAAGAGAGUUUAUCUCACCCAAAGGAUAAUAUUUCCAGAUUACAUUUUCCCUCAAAUGAACAAAGCCCUGCAGAGAAUAUUUCAGAAAUACAUCCAGUGCCAAAGCCAAGAACUCUUACUUCCAGGCUGCAAGGCUCCAGUGAUUAUGUCAGCAUUAUGUCAGGAUCCAAGAAUGGGAAUGGUUUAAAUGGCAAUGCUUCUACUCCCAAAAGCAUUUUAAAACGUAGUCCAAGUUCAAGCUCCAAUGAUUCUGAAAUCUUACGCAUUGGGGUCCAAGAAUCAAAAAACAAGGUUCCUGCUUCCCAAACCAUCCCAGAAGGAGCUACAGUGCCAACUGAAGCUACAAUGAAUGAAGAAUCUCUUGCAAACAAUAGUCUUGAAAAAUUAAAACAAGUCAGAUUCUCAACAAAAGUGGAUGAAAAGAGAAUAUCUCAGAUUCAAGAGAAUUCUGAUGCCAACAAAAUUUCCAAAAUAGGUGAAGAUAAUAUACUAGACACUGAUUAUAUGGGGGAAAUUAAUGAAGGGAAGACAGAUGAUAUGGACAGUGUGGAAGAAAAUGGAAGUCUACAAGAGGAUAGUGGAGUUUCUGAUUUGCAUCAUCUACCACCUUUACAAACAGACUUUGUGUAUCUGAACCGAGAAGAAGUUAAUGCUGUGCCAGACACAGACUUUCAAUCCCUCCAAACAACAAAUUCAAAUCCAAAAAAAUAUUCAGAUAGUCACUCACCAAGUUAUAGUUCUAAUGAAUUAACAAACCAUGUCCAUGAACUGGACACAGGUGAGAUACUAACGGAAAAGGAACCUGAUCGAAGAUUGAAUUCUACAUCAAAUCCCUCGUAUCAUAUCAUUGAUAAGCGGAUACUUCACACUGACUUUGAGUCCCCUCAGGUGUCUGAUCAGCAGUUUCCAGAAAUAUUCCAAGGUAAGCAGGUUAAUUUUGCAGUGCCUCUCUCCAAGACCGCACCAGCAGAACAAAGACUUAAAGCUCGUUCAUCAAAGUCUCAAGUGCAUAAUAAAUAUGCAACUGAACAUAUCAAGGCAACUGAUGAAUCGAUAUCAAAGGUGUUGGAUUGGUUCAUCAGGAGUGAUGAAACACCAACUGUAAGGGUAGAAGAAAUGAAAAGUCCAACUGAAGCAACAGCGGAAAACAUAUCUGAACCUUUAAAAUCUGUACUUCCAAAGCCAGAUGAAGAGUUUACACAUACUGAAUCAGCUUCAUUUACAGAAGAAUCUAAAUCAUUGCCAUACUUAAAUGACAAAAUUCAGGAGAAAGAAGAGCAAGAAAUCCAAUUACUGGACGCUCAAAAUCCAAUAAAAAAUAAUAUUUCUGAUAAAUAUACAAUCCCAGAAGCAGCACUUUUGGAGGAGGAAAGUAAAACUAGAACAAAAGAUGUUUCUGAGCUUACCUAUCCAGACUACUCAAUUUUUGACCAUUUUUCGAAUGAUAAACAGCAGGACUUAAAUCAGGAGCAAAAUGAAGAGUCAGCACAAAGGACAUUGAUUUUAAAACCAUUCACAGAGAAAUGGACAGUUGGCAUAAAAGAAAAUAUAGGUGGGGAGUCUGAAAGUACAGAAUCAACUUCUAAGGAUAUUGACAUUGUACCCAUUGAUAACAUUGAAAAUUAUUCACAAGAGUCUAAAUCAAGACCAGAACAAACAGAAUUUACCAUAGAAGAACUUAAAACUGUGCCAUUGAUUGAUAACAAAGAUGAAAAAAAGGACAUACUUUACACUGAUCAAAUAUCUUCACCCAAGGACAAAACAUCAGCCCAGAAAAAUGCUUUUGCAAAUGCAGUGUUUGGAAAGUCUUCCAAGGGGGAAAAGAUUGAUAUGUAUUCAGUGAUUGACAGAUCAGCAUUGUUGGAAAGCAAAGGAAAUAAUAAUUCUGAAACCAUGAUCAAUAAUGGAGUAGUGCAGCAGUUAGACCAUAACAAGAAUACAGAAGAACAAUCUAAUCUUGAAUUAGAGCAACAUCAGAUACAUGGAAGCGAGAAAGAACAAAUGGCAAUUAAAUGUGAGGAGCCUUUCUUAGAAAAUGCGAUGCAAAAACAAAAUCAAGCUGAAAAUAGUCCUGCAUACAGGGCAGUAUCAACAGAAAGCACAGCUCCUUACAAAAUAGAACCAACUUCUUUCAGCAAGCAGAACGUGGAAAAAAACAAUACUUCAGAGUGGAAUAGUAAUGUCCCAGAGGUGAAACAGACAUUGCGCAAAGAAGAUAAAAGUGAAGCUAAUCUCUAUUUGAAGGGGAAUGACACAAACAUAAUUUCUGAAGAAGGUAAACCUUUCACUAUAAUUUCAAUCAACAAAAGGAUAUAUGAAACAUCAGAUAAUCCUCCUUUUAAUAACACUCAAUUCGUAAACUUAAUGAAUUUUUGGGACAAGGGAACUAAAAGUGAUACUGAUAACAACGAUGAUCAGUCAAAAUUUACCCAAAUAUCUGAUGACAAACAUCUGAGCACCCAAGUGGCAAUGAAAACUGAACCAGAGAUUCCACUAGACCCUGAAUUUUUGAUGACACAGAGGUCUAAUCCAGUCCAGAGAAUUACUCAACCUUCUGACUUUGACACUCCUGAACAACCUACAGAAAUUAAACAUGCAAAACCCCAGUUAUAUAGUGGGCCAAGUGUUCAAGAAAUAAUGCACCAACUUCGUCAUCAAAGUGAAACUGAAAGUCCAAAGAAAAAGUUGGACACCAAAUAUUUCCCCAAGGUUCUUCCAACGGAACCAAAUCUGAUUCAGGUAAAACUUAAGAAAGCACCUGAUUUUUCAAAUGAAGAUGGGUUUUCCCCUACUUCUAGUAUUUUCCAGAAACAUUCUCUUGAUAUAGAGGAAGAACCUGAAGAGAGUACAGUUUGUCAACCAAAAUUAAGAAAGCUAAACACAUCAUAUAUUGGAUUGCAAAAACUACAUCAAGAUAAAGAUGAAGGUGUGGCAUUAACUGAUGAAGACCUGAAUAAAGAUGAAGAGGCUUUGCCAUCAUCAUUCAUGCUCAGAGACAAUGAAUCGAUUGAUGGACAAAACAUUUUUAACCUAAUCAGGAAUAAUAACGAGGAAUAUAUUCCAGAAAAGAGAAUGGGCAAUGUUGAAUCAUUAGACAACAGAGUCCAGAUUACUCCAAAAUCAAUUGGUAUACCUUACCAGGAUGAAAAAAUACCCAUUAGACAAACUUCUUCCGAUGCUGUGAACAAUAAUGAAGAAAAUCUUACUUUGUUUGCAGGAGGUUCCAGGCUCAUAGAAGAAAAUGACAUCUCUCAGGAGAAACUUGAUAGAUUUGAGUUGUCAGAUAGCCCGAUCCAAACAUUUUUGAACCCAACUGAUACAUCUUUGCAAGAAGAGGAAAUAUCGCUGAUUAAGAGUGAUAAAGAAGCUAUCUAUGACGAAGUCCCGGGAGUCGAUUUAAAUGAAAAUAAAAGAGAUUUUGAAUUGCACGAUGAAUUUGAACCUAAAUUGAAUCUUCAGUCCGGAAUUACGAGGACAAGCACCUUCAAGGAAAGUGAGGAUGGUUCCACUGAAAUGCCCACUGAGAUCCACAAAUCAGAAAUGCCUUAUGAUUCUGAACAGGAAGCUAAACACAUCUCUUCAAAUCAUUGGGGAGGAAAUGAUCAAAUGCAUGUGGAAUCCAGAGGUUCACUCAGUGAGGACGAAAUGCCGACCAUGUCUUGGAAAAUGAACCCACAUGCAAGUGAUACUUACAAAAGCCUGCAGGAUCUCAAUGCCAUUGACUCAAUGCCAAGCACAUUGGAUUUGAAGAAAAAAGAAAUGAUCCUCAGUGCUCAUGACGUUUCCGCUAUUCCAGUGUCUCCAGAGAACACACCUUUGCAGUCAAAAAAGAUGAAGAGGUUGAGCCAGUCAGUACCUGCACUUGCUGAGAAUGAUGAUGCAGACUCAAGGUCGGAAAGGAGCUUCCAGAUGAACAAGCAUGGAACGAUCGCAAGCUCAUUAACAAACAUUAGCAGCUCUUCUGGCAUGACAUCCAGAUCCUCUGUUGGGAGUAUAAUGAGCAUCUACAGUGAUGACUUUGGAAAUAUUGAUGUCAGAGGGAAAAUUCAAUUUUCAUUGGAUUAUGUCGACAAGCUGAAGGAAUUCCAUAUAUUUGUUGUACGUUGCUCGGACCUGGCAGCUGCCGAUGAAAAGAAAAAUCGAUCUGAUCCAUAUGUGAAAAGCUACCUGCUUCCAGAUAAGGUUAAAAUGGGUAAGAAGAAAACAACAGUGAUGAAGAAAACUUUGAAUCCAAUCUACAAUGAAAUACUAAGGUAUAAAGUUGAGAAAGAUGUCCUGAUGGCACAGACUCUGAACCUUUCUGUUUGGCACAAUGACACAUUUGGACGAAACAAUUUUCUGGGUGAAAUAGACGUAGAAUUGGAAAAGUGGAAUUGGACCAACAAGCAAAUGGAAUGGUACAACCUGAAACCAAGGGCAAUCUCCGCUUACACAAUGGGUAACAGAGGUACCCUAAAAGUGGCUCUCCGUUACAUUCCAAAGGGACAAAGAGGGAAAAAAACAGGUGAAGUGCAGAUUUGGGUGAAGGAAGCCAAUAAUUUACCACAAGUUAGGGUACAUCGUUUGGAUCCAUUUGUUAAAUGCUUCAUUCUUCCAGACACGAGCAGAAAAAGCCGUCAGAAGUCUCGGGUUGUGAAAAAAAACAGGAAUCCUAAUUUCAACCAUACCAUGGUUUAUGAUGGUUUUGGGCCUGAGGAUCUCAAAGAGGCUUGUGUUGAACUUUCAGUCUGGGACCAUGAUAAAUUGGUGAAUCAUUUUCUUGGAGGACUAAGGAUUGGCCUUGGCACAGGUAAAAGUUAUGGAAUGGCAGUAGACUGGAUGGAUUCUACAGAGGAAGAAAAGAUAAUAUGGAAUAAAAUGAUCACCAAUCCAAAUAUAUGGGUGGAGGAUGUGCUUCCUUUAAGAAUGUUGAUGCUCAGCAAAACCGUCACAAACUGAAGCAGAAAUCUUAAGUAUAAAUAUUACAAAUCUGGUCUGGUCAAAUACAAGUCUUUUCACAACCUAAUAUAAUGAAAUAUAUUUGUGGCCCCAAACCAGAUAUGAUAAUAUGGAAAAGGAAGUUGUGUUUUGACAAUUAUUUACAUUGGACUAAAUAUUCUAUGUGCCUUUAUCAAAUACAAGAAGUGCUCAAGCUAUAUGUUGCUAUAUUAAAAUAUUUUACAAAGCUGAGAUAUUACAAUUCAGCCCCAUUAAAAUUUAAGUAAUUAUUUCAUUCCAAAGUCACUUUAUUAUUGAUGCUGCAAUAUUUUCGCUCAUAAAGACCUAUUGUUAAUUUGUUUAUAUACUGUAUGAAGAUGAGCUUCAAUAGAAUGGAAAUUAUACGAGAACUCUUUCAUUUUGUAGCACUUAAAACACUAACACUAAGUACUAUAUAAGACUGUCACUUUAAUGUCUGGUUGUUAUUGCUAACCAAAAAUUAACUUCCACCUCAAUAUCUUUAAUGAUCAAUGAGAAUUUUUUCCAGAGUUACACACGUAUCAAUGACGAAUGAUGAAAGGAUUAAAAAAUGUUUUGCUCAUAAAUAGCUUGCAAUGUAACACUGCAGAUAAGCAUAUUCAUAAUAAAGACUCAAACCACCA